CAUUGCUUUGCUAUAUAUAACAGACAGUCAAGCUCAGCUCUUCCUGCUCUUCUUGUGUGCUCUGAUUUCAUGCUGCACACAGGACUGGAAAAGGAAUCAACAACAGUGUACUUCCAUCUGACAAAAAGAUGGGAAAGCGGUGCUUCUCAGGGUUGGAGGAGACCCUGAUGGUGUUGUUUGCAUUGGUCACUUUACUGCACACUGGAGAACCAAGAACAAUCAGAGAUGAUUCAGUAUCAGUUCAAAACGUUGUUCCAGAAUGUCCCAGCAUUCCAUACGGCGAGAGAGUGGACUGCUUCCCACAUCCCGACGCUUCCGAGCAAAAAUGCUUGGAAAGAGCUUGCUGCUGGAGCCCUGUGGAUGAGGCUAACGUCCCCUGGUGCUUCUUCUCCAAAAACCACGGCUACAGCGUGGUCAGCGAAAGCCAGCCUGACAGCACACAUAUUGAGGCCAGGCUGACAAGAAUGGAUGCUCCAUCUCUAUUUGGAGCUGACAUUAAAGAGUUGAUCUUCUACGCUGAAAUGCAGACUGAAAACCGUCUUCGAUUUAAGAUCACAGAUGCAAACCAAGCCAGGUUUGAGGUUCCUCACGAGCACGUGCAAGCGCCUUCCAGCCCUCCCACCGGACCCCUCAAAUAUAGACUGGAGCUGAUCCAGAAACCCUUUGGACUGAAAGUUUGGAGAACAUCUCCUGAAAAACUCCUGUUUGACACAACCAUUGGGCCGCUGGUUUUUGCGGAUCAGUACCUUCAACUCUCGGCUAAACUCCCCUCUCACAAUAUUUAUGGACUCGGAGAACACGUCCAUCAGACCUUCCGCCAUGACACCAACUGGAGGACCUGGCCUAUCUUCACAAGGGAUUCUUUUCCCAAUGGCGGCACACACAACCUAUACGGCCACUACCCCUAUUUCACAUGUCUUGAAAAUGAGAGUGGCCAGUCCUUUGGUGUUUUCCUCAUGAACAGCAAUGCUAUGGAGGUGACAAUCCAGCCUGCUCCGGCCAUAACCUACCGGACUAUCGGAGGGGUUUUGGACUUCUACAUCCUGGUUGGAGACACACCAGAAGCAGUGGUGGACGAGUUCACACAGCUGAUUGGCAGGCCUUUCAUUCCUCCGUACUGGUCUCUGGGUUUCCAGCUCUCUCGCUGGGACUAUGGCAGCCUGGACGAGGUGAAGAAAGUCGUGGAGAGGAACCGACAGAUCGGCAUUCCGUAUGAUGUCCAGUACACCGAUAUCGACUACAUGGAGGACAAAAAGAUCUUCACCUAUGAUAUGGAGAAAUUUAAGGAGCUGCCUCAGUUUGCUGACUACAUGCACGGGAAUGGGCAGAAAUACAUCGUCAUAUUGGAUCCUGCCGUGUCCACAGGUAAAAGGCUAAAUGGACCAUAUGAAGCACUUGAUCGGGGACAUGCAGCUAAAGUUUGGGUCACUGAACCAGAUGGGAACACGCCUCUAAUAGGAGAGGUCUGGCCAGGGGAAACCGUGUUUCCUGACUACACUAACCAGGCUUGCGUUGAUUGGUGGGUUGAUGAAAUUUCACGUUUCCACAAAGAAGUCAAGCAUGAUGCUCUCUGGAUUGACAUGAAUGAGGUGGCCAAUUUCGUACAGGGAAGCAGCAAAGGCUGCGCUGAGAACAAACUCAACUAUCCUCCAUUCACUCCACGUAUCCUUGAUAACCUGAUAUACAGUAAGACCUUAUGUAUGGAUGCUAAACACAAAUGGGGGAACCACUAUGAUGUCCACAGUCUCUAUGGGUACUCGAUGGUCCUGGCCACUGAGAAGGCAUCGAGAGAAGUGUUUAAGACAAACCGUUCCAUGGUUUUUACCCGUUCCUCCUUCCCUGGGGUGGGCAAGUACGCUGGGCACUGGUUGGGUGACAAUGCCGCCAACUGGAAUGACAUUAAGUGGGCGAUACCCGGCAUGCUGGAGUUUAACCUCUUCGGAGUCCCUUACAUUGGCGCAGAUAUCUGUGGGUUCUUCGAUGACUCGCCGGAGGAGCUUUGCAGACGUUGGAUGCAAGUCGGCGCGUUCUACCCCUUCAGCCGUAACCACAACGCACAAGGGUACAAGGACCAGGACCCUGCAGCAUAUGGCGCCGACUCUCUCUUGGUGAAAACCUCCAAGCAUUACCUGAACAUCCGAUACACCCUCUUACCGUACCUCUACACUCUCUUCUACAAGGCCCACGUCAACGGAGAGACUGUAUUGCGUCCCAUGAUGCACGAGUUCUAUUCCGACAGUAAAACCUGGGGAGUGCACAACCAGUUCUUGUGGGGAGCACAUCUUCUCAUCACACCUGUGUUGGAUCCUGGUGUUGAAAAUGUGGAGGCCUACAUUCCAGAUGCCAUCUGGUAUGACUUUGAGAAGGAGGAACGGAUUACCGAUCGCAAAGAAAAAGUUAACUUGAACCUGCCUGCUGAUAAACUUGGUUUACACCUGAGAGGCGGAGCCAUUCUGCCCGCACAAAGGCCAGACGUCACCACUACAUACAGCCGAUGUCAUCCCAUGAGACUGAUCAUCGCUCUCGAUGACAGCAAUGCUGCAUCAGGAGAGCUAUUUUGGGAUGACGGAGAGUCCCGAGAUACUCUUUCAUCCGGCUCCUACAUUCAUUACCAGUUUUCCGUGGCUAAUGAUGUCUUGACAAUGCAUGUCACCCACAAUGGCUACACAGAUCCAAACAACUUGAAGUUUGAGAACAUCACUGUAAUGGGAGUGACCGGAGCUCCAGUCUCUGUGCUCGUGUCAGACGGCACCACUACUAAUGCUCUGACCGAGUCCCAGGUUAACUACGAUUCUACCCGGAAGGUGUUGUACCUGAGAAACCUGGAGCUGGAACUGGGGAAGAACUACACAGUCAACUGGCAGGACAAAUACAGAAACUCUAGGCACUUCGAUUGUCAUCCUGAAGCAGGUUCCGAUCAGGCCAAAUGUGAAGCCCGUGGCUGCAUCUGGGAGCCUUCAAAUGUUCCCAACGAGCCCUGGUGUUAUUACCCUGACACCCACGGCUACAUCACCAGCAACGUGGUUGAAACGGCGAGUGGCAUCACUGUAGAUUUAGAGCGCAAUACGGCUUUCCCAAGUCAACGUUCUCAAUCUCGAGACAUCAGCAAGCUCCGUGUGGAAAUCACAUACCUGAGUGGCAAAAGCUUGCGUUGGAAGAUCUUUGACCCAAGCAAUGCACGCUACGAGGUCCCCGUUCCCCUCGAUCUGCCCGCCAUGCCAGAGACAGAGGAAAACAACAGACUGUACAGGGUUCAGAUCAAUAACAAGCCUUUCGGGAUCCAAGUCAUCAGAAAGGACACACAAGAAAUCAUAUGGGACUCUGCCGUGCCAGGGCUCACAUUCUCCGAUCAGCUCCUUGAGAUCUCCACGCUCCUGCCCUCAAACUACGUCUAUGGUUUUGGUGAAACAGAGCACCCCAUCUACAAACAUGACCUCAACUAUCACAAAUACGGCCUGUUUACCAAAGACCAGCCUCCAGGGUAUAAGCUGAACAGUUAUGGAGUCCAUCCCUUCUACAUGGGUCUGGAGAAAUCAAAAUAUGCUCACGGCGUCCUCCUGCUCAACAGCAAUGCCAUGG